AUAACUUUAAAAAUUCAAUAUCGAUAUCGAUCGAUUUCUAAACGAAAAUAUUGAAGGCAAGAAGUACCGGAAAACAAACAGGAAAACUUUAAAAAGUUGAUCCGGAAAGAAAUACUCCCUCUUCGAAAAAAGAAGACAGAAGCACAGUUACAGUAAGAUGUGCCCUAGCUACAAUGGUCCCCUGUCGGCAGCCACCCUUCAGAUAGCUCGAGAUGAACUGCGGGAGACAGACAGCUCCAGAGAACAGGCAUUGCAGCAGAUCAAGGAUUGGGUUCGAAUGAACCCAAGGAUAAUAUCCUGCAGACAAGAUGAUUCUUUUUUUUUGAGAUUUCUACGUUUCAAAAAAUUCAGCAUUCCUAUGGCCCAGGAAGCUCUUGAAAGGUACCUUCUUUUAAGGCAGACAAUAUCUCAAGCUUUUCACAAUUUGGAUUGUCAUCUUCCAAGAAUGGAGUACCUUAUCAAUAAUGGGUAUAUGUUUGCUAGUCCAGGAAGGGACAAACAAGGAAGAAGAUGGCUCAUAGCUAGGCCAGGAGUCUUUGAUCCUUAUAAAUUUAUCAAUGAGGAUAUGUGUAGAAUUCAUGGAAUAAUUUAUGAAACUUUGAUGGAAGAUGAAGAGAAUCAAGUCAGAGGCUUUGUCCACUUUGCUGAUGGUGCAGGUGUGUCUUUUCCUUAUUUGACACUAUUCACACCCAAAGAAGCUGUAAGAAUAGUAAAAAAUGGAGAGCGUACACUUCCUAUGAGACAUAAAGAAGUACAUGUUAUAAAUGUUCCACAAUCACUGAAGUAUGUCUUGGACUGGGGAAUGACCUUAAUAUCUGAUAAAAUUAAAGAACGUGUUAAGAUAUACACAUCCAUUGAAGAGGCACUCAAGCAAGUCGAUUCCAGCAUGUUACCAAAAGAAUAUGGAGGAACAAUGCCAAUGGCUGAAAUGAUAGAGCUGUUUAAACAAGAACUAGAAGCCAAAAGACAAACACUCAUUGACAAUGAUAAAAUGGAAGUCUGUCUUGAUCUUUUCCCAGAAAAUGCCAAAGCUGGUGCUGUAUCAGCACUGAAAGCAGGAUGCAAUCAAGGCCAGAGUAACUUUCAUUGUGGAAGUUUCCGCAAGCUAGAAGUUGAUUAAAAUUAUUUUAAAAUGUUUCAUUGAAAUAGUCUUGUUUUCAUGAAAACCUGUAAUUUAUUAGUAUGAAUUACGCUUACUGUUAUUUUUUGUUUGCUCUUUUUUUGUAAUAAAAGCUGUUUCCUUUCUAACAGGGAACCGGAUAAUUUUUAUAUUUAAAAAAAUGUUUAUUAGUUUAGGUAAAUCUCUAGUUUCUUGGCGUUUUUAGUUUAUUUUGUAUUAAUGAAUUUAUUACCAUUUCAAUAUUAUAAAAGUGAAACUGGUUAUUUUUAAGUUUGUGUGUGAAGAUUAAUUUUUGAUACAUUUUUUCUGGAAAAUUAUCACAUAAAUGUCAUAGUUUUUAUAAAAUUUUCAAGUGGGCCAGAAUCCAAGGAUCCAAAUAAUAAAUAAUAUGUAAAUAAUGAGUUAUUUUAAUUUAAGUAUUUUUACCCAGAAAAUUCUAUUACAGUAAAAUGCAUUUUUUUUUUUUUUUUGUUAUGCAUUAAUCGUUGUUUAGGCUGUAGUUGAAAAUUAAAUUUAGAACUUUCUGAUAAUUACUUUUAUUUACUGAACCAUUGUAAUAAUUUUGAAAAAUAAUAUAGAAUUGCUUUUGGUUGAGUUAAAACUUGUUCUGUACUUGAAAUCUCACUCUCAUUAAUGUGCUUAAUGUUAAUUCUGCAUUUGAUCCAUUUUUUGAAAACAAAACUUGGCUUCUGACCCUCAUAUUUAUCAGAUGUUCAAUUCAAAAUGACUAUACAGCAGGUUUUUCAAUGAAAUGAUUAGUAAUGUUGGUUUUAUAACUGAAAGAUCAAUGUUUUUAUAUAUUAUAAGCAUUUUUUAUAUAUUAUGUAUGUAUAUAUUAUAAGCAUUUUGUACAAGUUUUUGUAAAAUCUUAUUACCCUCUCAAACAGAGGUUGUAUGGCCUAGCUUUAUGUGGUGGGUCAAUCCAUAUUGAAAACUUCCCAAAGUAUGGGCAAGUUCCUAAACUCAGCGCUGAUCUCAUAAAUGGCACAGGAUCCGUCUCUAAACUGGGCUCAAUUAUGCCAUAAAUGAGCUCAGCAUUGUGUUUAGAAACUUUCCAUAAUUAAACAGUGUUAUUAUUUAAAAAAAAACAUUUAACUGUUAAUUUUUUUACUAAGAAAUUUUUGUAGUUGUGAAUUUAAUUAUACUAAAAAUUAUGAAAUCAUUGCCAG